AUGCAGUAAUCAACAGUUCCUAUGUUAAGCAGAUUGUUUGAUUGUAAGUAACUUAAAUUAAAUACAGAGUUACUAGAUCAGGAUUCGAAAUUAUUAACAUUGAGUUAUUUAGAAAACAAUACAUACACAACUUUUUAAAAAAAUACUAACCAAUAACCAUUAGAUAAUAAUAUAAAAAGCCUAGUUUUUGAUUAAAUAGAUAUGAUUUAAUCUGAAGGUGAACAUACUCAGUAAACUCCAGCAGAAUCAAAGAUUUAAUUAGAUUAAAACACAUAAAAAAUUAAAAGCACAAAGUUUAUUAAAUCUAUUUCAUAAAUCAAUUAAGUUAAUAGUAAAAUUAAACAAAGUAACCUUGCUUCCCAUCGAUUAUGUAGAGAAUCUGAUAAAAAUAUGGAGGAAAUAAAUUUAAAAUCUUUAUCUUUGGAAAGUAUUAUGAAAAGUAAAAAAUUAUAUUGA